UUGAACCCAUCGGACACUCGACCACUCAUUCAACUGAUCCCUCAGUAGUGAUGUCUUUGUCACAAAUACCACAAACUAUCUUCAAAUGUGAACCAUUCGUCUGCGCCCUCAAAGGCAACCAGAAGUCCAUCCGUUGUGACCAUUGCUUCAAAAGUCUGGAGACACAACAGUCCGUUAUGUGCGACACGUGUCUGAAGUACUGGUAUUGCAGUGACUCGUGUCUCAACAGUCACUCUGUGGUGCAUCGCUUUGAAUGUCACCCGAACUAUGACUUGGCGGAAGUGAUCGCCAAGAAGUGCAGCGCACCGGUAGUGAGGGAUGAGUCCGAUUGGUGUAAAUUCAGUGAUUUGGAUGAAAUGGUGACACAGACUCUGCUUCUGUUGCGGAUUCUAUUUCGCCUCAAAUCAGAGCCCAGUUGUGUCACAAAAGCACAUCCGAUGGGCAAUGGUUUGAGCGUCAGUUACGACCAAAUCAGAGCUCCGGUGUGUCAACAGAUGCAUAAAGUGUGGGACGACGAGGACAUCUGUGACACCGACAACGGCCUCAAC